AUGCGACGACUAUUCUGGGGGUUGAACAUUCAGCAGUAUCGCAAUGCCAAAUACAAGAAGAAACCAGAGCGCAGCCUUCACAUUAUACCUAGUUGUUCAAUACUUGAACCAUUAUCAGCAGCAUCUCGGUUCAUUACUAGUGAAUCAGGCCCGGCGGCGUUCGAAAAUUUUGCGUCAAAUAGGCCAAGCAAUAACGACGCACUUCAAGCGGCACCGACCCUGCAAAAACGGGUGGAGUUCAUAUUCCGCGCUGUCUCUCACCACCCAGAGCGUCAGAGCCUUCCUUUAGACCCGGAACGCAGCUUCCACGAUAUGACGCUCGCCCAGCUGGACCAGGAGCUUUCGAUGCGUCUCGGGUGGUCCCAAUUCAGGUACCUGCAUUUCGUGUUGGUAGCUCCGAAUACAUAUGCCGAAGAAACGGUUUGCCGCGGCAGGGAAGACCGAUUCGAUGCUUUGAAGCGACAUUUCACUGCUUUCAUGCAGGAAUGUAUUGCAGACGCGCCAUGCGGAAAGGUCGUAUUUAUUGAUCAGGCGCACGUGAUCGUCCAAACCCAUAACACAUUCGUUGCGAAUGGCGCGGAUGCGGAAGAGGACGAGGACAGCUGGGAUCACGCCAGUGCCGAAAGUUACGGGAAAUAUGUGGCAACAUUCCAGGAUAGCGUCGGGGAUGAAAUCGCUAAAGUGGAGGUUGAGGCCGGUUCUGUACAUGGUUACCAAUUUGAUAACAAGGAAGCACAACGCCCCGAGAUCAACAUCACCAAUAUUGUACCCAGCACGGAGGAUUGA